UUUUGUUUUUUGUUUAAAGUUUAUUUCCAAUUAAUUAUUUUGUUUUGUUCAAUCAUCAUCAUCAUCAUGAAAUUCUUUUCAAUUUUUCUAUUGAAUAUCUGUUCAAUAUGUUCAUUAAUUAAUUGUCAAAAUGUUAUUCUGUCAGCAAAACAACCGGAACAGCCAAUAGUACCAUCACCAUUUGUUAGUGCAUCGAAUGAAUUUGGUUUUAAUGUUGUUGAACAAUUAAAUCCAUCACCACCGGAUGAUGCUACUGAAGAGGCUAGAUCUCAAUAUGCUGAACCGAAAAAUAUUCUUAUAUCACCAUAUGGUUUAGCAUCAUCAUUGGCAAUGUUAUAUGAUGGUGCUAAUGGCCAAACAGCUGAACAAUUUGCUAAAGUAAUGAAAUUUGAUUCAAUGGAUAAAGCAAUAAUACCGAAAGCUGUAAAAGAUGGUUAUGAAUCAAUUCAAUCAUCAUCAUCCGGUGUUACAUAUCGUAUGGCUAAUGCAUUGAUUGGUAAAGAUGGUAUUGGUUUUACCGAUGCUUAUCGAAAAAUGUUAGAAGAUAAUUUUCAAGCACAAUUAUUCGAAUCAAAUGUUAAUAUGAAUGAUUUGAAUAAAAUGUUUGCCGAUAAAACUGAUAAUAUGAUUAGCCAAAUGAUAAUGGCUAAACCAUCGGAUAUAAGUAUGAUGUUAGCAGAUGGUACAUAUUUUAGUGGAAAAUGGAUGUAUCCAUUUUAUGAAGAAGAUAGCCAUAUUGAUACAUUUUUUGGUCGUAAUGAUGUUACUUAUAAUAAUGUUACAUUUAUGAGAAAAUUUGGACGAUAUGGUUUUGUUUAUCUAUCGGAUGUUGAAGCCGAUAUGAUUGAAUUUCCAUUCAAAGAUGAUCAGGUUGCAUUUUAUGGUAUAUUACCAAGAGAUCCAAAUGAUGAUCUUUCCGAUAUACGUACAUCAUUGAAUGUAUCAUAUAUUGAAAAAAUGAUCAAUAAACUAUCAUAUAAAAUUGAUUCAACUGUUGAAUUACCAAGAUUAAAUGUUGAUUAUAAAGAAGAACAAUUAUCCGAUGUUUUAAUGAAAAUGGGUAUUGUUGAUGCAUUCGGUAAUGAUGCUAAAUUUGGUUCGAUUUCAACACAAUCGGGUGCACAUCUUACACAAGUAAUUCAUCGAUCCAAAAUGAUUUUGAAUGAAAAUAAUGCCAAACGAAAAGAUAAUGAAAAUGAAGAUUCUGGUGUUGCACCAAUAUUCUAUAAUUUUAAUCAUCCAUUCUUUUAUUUUAUACGUCAUAAACAAACCGGACAGAUCUAUAUGAUGGGCGAAAUGCAUACAUUCUGAAAAACAGAACAGAAAAACAAAAAAAAAAA